AAGAUGAAUCGAAGAAGAGGAACAACAACAAACCCCAACAAAACGGAUCCCUCUCUUCCCCCGUUUCUUAUUUUGUUCCAGAUCGAAGAGAGAGGAGAUACAAUAGACGCGAACCAGCAAACCCUCCGGAUCGCAACACGACGACCAGGAUGGAUUGGUGCUUCCACAUGGAUUGAGAUGUCAACGAUUACGCUUGGAGAUGUUUUUGAAGUAGAAUCUAGAAGCUGUUUGGGGGAAGUUCGGCAUCAAUCGUCCACUUUGCAGAAUUUAAUUGUUCGGGGAAGAGUGAGGGACCUUGUGCAUGGAGAUUUGGGUGUUGGUGGUUGAUCUGCCUGUUUUGUAUAACUCUACAUGGCUAAACUGUGAAAGAAUUUAGUCCAACAUAAGUAUCUCCAUGUCUGGUUUUGUGGAAGCAGGACUCUAGAUAAAUACCAUGCCAUGAGAGCUGGAUUUUGUUGUUCAGAUGGCGGUUUACAUCACCAAAUAAAUCAUUUUGCUGUAGUUGUAAUCAUUGAGUUAGUUCAUCAUAACCCUUACGAGACAGAGGUGUAUGUGUAGAUAAUGGGUUAUGUUCAUUUUGUCAAAGUUACCAGAAUUUUAAUUUGGAAAUUGGGAAAUGAGAACAAAAAGGAAAGUUACAAAACUUUCUCCAUCUUAGAAAGAGGUAUUUCAAUGCUUUCCAUU